AUGGCUCAGGCACUCUCCGCUGCUGACCUCCAGAGGAGGCACGAACUCGAAGGCGCCCCCGACCCGUUCCCCAGUCUGAUCGACGACACUCCGGUUAAGGCCCGUGCUCCCGCGGCUAGUCGUGCCGUCGACACCGACUCCCAGGAGGCCUUCCCUUCUCUGGCCCCCGUCCAGCUCGGUAACAAGCCCACCGCCUCGGCCUGGGGUGCCAAUGCUGGUCCUCGCAUCAAGCCCCCGGCGCCGAAGCAGCCCGUCGUCUCGGACUCCUUCAUCCUUUCGUCUAUCGAUCUCUCCACCGCUGGCAAGGAUGGGAAGCCCACGUCCCUCGGUGAAGUGAUGAGGCAGGUUAUGUCCCAGCACAAGGUUAAACUCGACGCGUCCACGAACCAGAAGUCGCACCAGACCACGUUCUAUCUCAAGGCCGACUCCAAGAAGGAGCUCGAGAGGGCGAAGAAGAGCCUCCUCGCUCUGCUCAGUCCGAUCGUCACUCUUACGCUUAACGCCCCGGCCUCGACCAUUCCGACUAUCAUCGGUCCCAAGGGCGUCACUCUCAAGCAGGUCCGUGACCAGACUGGCGUUAGGGUGGACAUUCCCCGCCGCGACACGCUUGCACCGGCUACCAACGGACAGACUAACGGCGGCUCCCACUCCCCUUCGCGCAACCCGACUCCUCUCCCCGGUUCUCCCAUUGACGGCGAUGAGGAGGAAGAGCCCACGGUCCCCGUCACCAUCACUGGUCCCCAGCCCCUCGCACUCGAGGCACAGGCACUGCUCAACGAGAUUAUCGCAACGAAACGCUCCCGUGCCACGCAGCGUGUGCGCGACAUCCCGGAGCACAUUCUGCCGUUCGUCCUUCCCCGCCGCGAGCAGUUCCUUGCCGCCGCCGAAGGUGCGGACGUCAACUUGGCGCUGAACGGUGCCGCCCGCGAGAUUACUGUUACUGGAGACCGCGACGCGGUCACUCGCGUUGUGGAAUCUAUCAAGUCUGCGGUCGAAUACUUCAAGACCGAUGUGAUCUCGCUCAAGCUGUCGCUUCCCAAGCGCCAGCAUCGUCUGCUCGUCGGCAAGAAUGCGGAGGACAUUAUGGCCAAGGCGCGCUGCGCUAUCAUCGUGCCGAAGCCCGACGAGGCCAGCGAGGAGCUGCUCAUCUGGGGUAAGGCGACGGACGUUGGCCUCGGUGUCCAGGCAGUUAUGGAAAAGGCGAACUCGGCGUACAUCCACGAGUUCCCGCUCCCCGGCCCCAUCUCGGUCUCGCGCCAGCUCAUGACUUACAUGGUUCGCGUCAACUACGCCAAGACUCUGUCAACUGCGAACCCUGGCGUACAGGUCUAUACCCCGGCUGCUUCGACUUGGGACCGUGCGUCUGUGCUGAACGUGGACAUCAUUGGCGAGAAGCCGAAGGUCGACGCGGCAGUGAGCCAAUUCUCUGCGCUCAUCGGUAAACUGUUCGGCGCGACCAAGGAGGUCCCGAUCGAUUGGCUCGUGCACCGUAUCAUCAACUCUAACAAGAACGCGAAGAAGAUCAAGGCAUUCCAGGACGUUCAGAACGUUCUGGUCUUCUUCCCGCCGGAAUCUGCUGAGCAGUCCACGGUUCUUCUGGUAUACGACCCGACCUCACCCAACGCGUCCCCCUCCCCCGUCGAGAAGGCCAACAACCUCGAGACGGUGGAGAAGGAACUGCUCAAGAUGGCUCGCGACGCUGCCGAUGUCAAGACUGAGGUCAUCGAGGUUGAGAAGAAAUGGCACGACGCGGUCGUCGGCCGCGGCGGCACUACUCUCAACGCUAUCAUCGGCGAGGACAAAACGCUCUCGAUCAAGGUCGGUACGGACGCCGGCCAGGCGUCAGAGGACUUCAUCCUCGUCCGUGGUAUCAGCGCAGACGUCGACCGCGCGGUUGGCGAGAUUCGCAAGAUCGUCGAGGACGCGAAGAACGAUGAGAUCGUGAGCAGCUUCGUCACGGAGUUUGAGAUCGAGCGUGACUACGUCGGGCGCAUCGUCGGCGCUGGUGGUGCGGGGGUGAACAAGCUCCGCGACACCCUCGGCGUGAAGAUUGACUUCUCGGACGAGGGCGAGGAGAAGGAGAAAGAGGUCACGAAGAAGAAGAAGGGUGUGCACCAAAAGUCGCGCGUCAAGAUCGUCGGGCGCAAGGAGAACGUCGAAGAGGCCAAACGUCGCAUCCAGGCGCACGCGGACCGCCUUGCGGACGAGACGUCCGAGGUGCUCAAAAUCCCGCAUCAGUACCACUCCUCGCUCAUUGGUCAGAGCGGCAAGUAUGUUAUCCGCCUCGAGGAGAAGUACGCCGUGAAGAUUACGUUCCCGCGCGAGUCCGCUGCGGACGGCGAGGGCAAGACCCGUGAGGUCCUGAAGGUCGAUGAGGUGCUCGUCAAGGGUGGCCGGAAGGGUGUCGCCCAGGCCAAGCAGGAGCUCUUGGACGCUGUCGAGUUCGAGAAGGAGUCGAACAACGUUGUCAAGUUCACCGUUCCCUCCCGCUCGGUCGCCCGUAUCCUCGGCAAGGGCGGAGCCACGAUCAACGACAUCAAGGACCAGACCGGCGCGCAGAUCGAUGUCGACAAGGCCUCGGACGAUACCGCUGUCGCGAACAUCGCCGUCCGUGGCACCAAGAAGGCGAUCACUGAGGCCAAGGCGCUCAUCCUCGCCAUCUCGGACCAGGUCCAGGAGGAGACGACCGCGACGGUCGACGUCCCCAGCAAGUUCCACCGCACGCUUAUUGGUGCUGGUGGCCAGGGCCUGAAGGAGCUCAUCGCUCGCUGUGGUGGGCCCACGGACCCGAAGGCGCAGGCUGGUCUAAUUCGCUUCCCCCGCCAAGGGGAGCCUGGCGACGAGGUCCGCCUCCGUGGAGAGCCUAAGCUCGUCGCGAAGCUCAAGGCGGAGCUCGAGAAGACCGUCACAACGCUCAAGGACCGCGUGGUGCUCGGUGUCGAGGUCCCCGUCGCUCAGCACCGUGCCCUCAUCGGCCGCGGCGGCCAGCACCUCAACGACCUGCAGAACCGCACCGGGGCGCAGAUCCAGUUCCCCGGCUCGCGCUCGUACAACCAGGUCGGCGAGCCUAUCAACGCGACUGAGCUCGCCGAUGUGGACCCUGCCAACGUCGUCAAGGUCUCCGGUCCUCGUGCUGCUUGUGACAAGGCCGUGGAAGAGCUUAAGGCCCAGAUCAAACCUGCCGCUCCCGAGGGUGUCAACAGCACCAUCACCGUGCCCCUCAAGUUCCACUACGCGGUCUCGCAGCAGGGCAACCUCUUCCGCCAGCUGCGCUCCUCUGGCGUGCACGUCGAGCAGUCCGUGCAGCCGUCCAAGCCCGCGGUGCCCCCGCAGCCCACGCCCCAGGCAGGCGCUGUGACGGCGCGCAUCGACGACCCCGACACGGACGCAGCAGGUGUCGAGGCUCAGUGGCAGGUCGUCCCGAACUACCAGGACGCCGAGGAGGGUGACUCGGUGUGGACGCUGAAGGCCCGCGACCAGGCCGGGCUUGACCGCGCGCUCAAGUUCAUCACGGACGGGAUCGAGCACGCGGAGAAGAUGACGCACGUUGGGUUCCUGACGCUGCCUGACCGCACGAUGUUCCCGCGCAUCGUCGGCGCGAAGGGCUCGAACGUCGCCCGCCUGCGCAACGAAAGCGGUGCGGACAUCACGGUCAACCGCGACGACAACACUAUCGUCAUCGUCGGCUCCGAGUCUGCCAUUGAGACUGCCAAGGACGCCAUCCUGAAGAUGACCACCAACAACAACCGUGGUCCCCGCGGCCCCCGCCGUGACGCGUAAAGAUUUAUUAGCUUAGCAUAAUGUCUGUUGGGUAUCACCGUGAUCUAGGAUAAUACACGGUGAAGAGGGGCCACUUGGAUGGGCACACGGAUGAGUACACCCGGAAUAUACCAUACCAGUACUGCUCGCAGUGGCGUUGUGCAAUUGCAAUGAGACCCAUGGAAGCAA